CUCCGACAUUCCAAUACAGGGCCCCAAAAUCUUGGAGAAAGACACACACACUUUGCCCCUCUCUCUCUUACUGAUAGGCUUGCUCUCACACACACUCUCACACACACACUGGAAUGGAUUUGCCCUGAGCUGACUGCCCACUGCUGCAUAAGUUAACCAGUGCCAGGAUGCCCAUCCUCAAGAGGCUUCCCAAGAGGUUUAAGAGUAACCACAGCAAUGGUAAUCUCCAAAAGAGUAAUCUCACUAAUGGUGAACUCAUCAUAAAGAGUAACCAUAGCAAUGGGGAACUCAUUCUACCACCAUCUGAUCUGAAUCCGUUUGAGGGGGCAUGGGCAGGGAUGGGGUAUAAUAAUGAAGAAGGUGGGGUUUGGGAGAAUGGACAAGAUUACCAGAGGUCAUCCCAGGUGAGCGAAGCACUGGAAAAUGAGGCAAAUGCUGAGCAGCGUGGAGGGUCAAAAGUUACUGAAGGAUCAAAAGAAAAGAGAGGAACUCUAGACCGAAUCUGUGGGUCAUCACCACUAAAGACCCUUGGCAAAUUAGGCAAGGGGCUGCGUAUGACAGGAAAAAACGUGUGGGGUGCCACUCCAUCACUUAGGAGUGCCACUCUCCCUGCAACACCUGCCUCAGGAAAGAAAAAAAAGAACUAUAGACGAGCCUCAGAGGAGAUCAUGACUUUACUGAGGUUGGCAGGCCGUCGUAAGGAGAGUGAGCGGAGAGAUAGUCUACCUACAGGUGAUCUGACUACUGAAAAUGAUGAAGACAAUCGUAGGCGUCCCUCAUUCCUACAAAUGGUCAGUUUGAGCAAACUCCGAGGAGACUCGCUAACAAACCGCAGCUCAGAGGAAGAUGAGCAAGAGUCAGUAGAAGAGGAACCACUAGUCAAACGCAGGGAGCCACUAUCAGUGUUGGAGAUCCUACAGUUAGUUAAUCAGAGAGACCUGCUGCUAGCCGACACGCACAUCCAGGAGCUUGAGAGGGAGUGUGAACUUGAUCCACAAACCACACCCACUCCAACUUCACCCAGUAACAAAACUCCUUCCACACACACAUAUUCUCCUUGGCUCCCCCUGUUGACUGGUUCAGGCAGUGAGGAUUCUGGCCCAAGCAUGUGGGAUUCUGGGCUGCGCAAAGUAAAAGACGUUGAGUUGCUUUACGAGGCUCUUCAGAGAGAGAUGUGGGAUGUGGUGAGGGAGUCGCUACGUCAACCCUGCAGCGGACCUCAGCUUGGCCUAGUGGUGCUGGUCAUUCAACAGGAGGAGCAGGCUGACAAGAUAUGGGCCCUGCGGCAAGAGGCCCAGUCCACCGUCCAAGAUGGUGACCAAUCUGAUGACCAUCCGCGACCUUCCAAACGUCCCAGGAGACUGCGUCAAAGAUGGGUGGAGGCUGUGGGAGAGGCAGCUGACUGGUGUCUUCCACAACCAGGGGGCAUAGCUGCAGGCCAGAUGGGCAUGUAUUUGGAGCGUUUGAGGGGCAGAGUGGUGGAAGACAUGGAUGCGGCACGUCGGAAUGUGGUGGCGGUUUAUCCCGAGGAGUUUGGUGUGUUUCAGGUCUACAUGCAGAGUUAUCACAGGGCUGUUGCCAAACGACUGAAGACUCUCACUAGUGGACCCAUUCAGAUCACAGACACAUACUCAAUGCUGGACUGGAUCUACAACAUUUACAGCAGGGACGUCCUGGCUUCAGUUGGAGCAAUGGGCACUAUAGUGUGUGAAGCUCUAGAACCCCUACUUCCUGAAGAUGUCAUAGACCGUCUGGAACAGGACUGCGUCGAAACUGUUUGGGACAAGAUGACUACAGAGCUGUCGCAAGUUUUAGAUGAUGAAGAAAAGCGAUGGGUUCAGACGCUGCACAUUGAAGAGUAUCAGUCUGGCCUCGCCCGUUCCGUUAUACAGAGGCUGAAGGUAGAUUUGGACAGAUCGACAGCUGUCAGUCAGCCACUAGGAGCUCGUGUUGCUCGCUGCACUUUGAAUGGACUUGCAGAUUUCCUGCACAGUUUCCAGAGAAAGGUUGAGAUGUUCCAUGACACGCAGUCAGAGUUCGAGGAUCGUGGGGAUGGUUAUGUCUCCAGGACCAUUGCUCUUGUCAACUGUGUUCCACCUUUCAGGAAUUUUGUGGAGCGCUGUCAUCUGUGUGACGCUUUUGGCAGCGAGGACGUCUCCCAGCAAGCUCAAUCUUCUCUGGAGCGAAUUGUUUACCAGUCAGUGCAAGUUCUCUCGGACAUACUGUUUGAAAACAUCAGGCCAUUCUUUGAUAAGCUGGUGAAGAGGAAGUGGCUGGAAAACACUGAGGCCUAUGAGAGCAUUGAGAUGACUAUUAAACAGCACUUUAAAAAGUUCCGCAGAAUGGACUGCCCUCCAUAUCAGGCAUUGGUGAAUGAGGUGCACAGGCGGGUCCUGGUUGAAUAUGUUCGUGCCAUCAUGAGGGGGCGGGUCAUUUGUACAUCACUCAAAAUGAGGAAGAGAGUGGCAUUCCGUCUGCAGGAUGAGGCCAAACAGCUUAAGGCUCUUUUUAAAGAUCUGGAGUCAACUUCCUUCUGGUUGGACAGUGUUAUUGUUCACCUGGCUGAGAUCAUAGUUUUGGAGGACACUCCCUCUAUUCAGAUGGAAGUCGGCGUUUUGGUGAAGGAAUUUCCAGAUAUACGGAGGAGACACAUAUCUGCUGUGUUGAAUGUCCGUGGGAUGGUGCAUCAGACAGACCGUCAGGAGAUUCUAGCUGUUGUCCGGGACUUAGAGAACAGCGACAGCUCCAUCAAUCUACCCCGAGAUCGUGCCCUCUUCUCUGAAAUCGCGGUGGCCAAAGACAUGUCCUGUCUGGGGCUGGUUCUGAUCCGCUUUGGUCUCACUGUGUCAUCGUGGGUCUCCAGUGCCCGGCCACACCGUAAUCGCAGCAGGAGGAGUCGGAAUGAGAAACAUCCCGACGACAGAUCAAAAUCAAGCCACGCAAAGCGCUUUACUGAACCUUAAAAAUAAUGAAAUACAACAUAACUACAAUACAUAACAUCCUGAUAUUUAGAAAAGACACAAUAAAUGAUAAAUACACAGCAUUACAUAAUCAAAUCAGUAUAAUAUUAAGAAAAAGAUGGCUUAGUCCAUUUCCACAGAUAAAUGUGGUCAGAACCCAGUCAAAAAGGAGGAUAAGAUGAGGUUAUGACAGCAAAAGUAGAAUCCCAACAAUACUUGUCCUUCAGAGCACAGCUGGAGCGGAAUAAGUCUGUGGACACUUCAAAGGACGGGAAAUGAUCUAUAAUUCUCUCUCGCUUUAAACAGGCUGUUAGUGGACUGCUGUAUACUGACUAGCUGGACCUCUGUCGUGUGAACAGCCACAUGAUUUGAGAGGAGCGGCAGGAAAGUCAUCACUGUUGAGUGGAGACACGCUGGCAUUUUUAUUAGUGCAGGCUGUGUGCAGAACACUGCUUUAGCUUUUAGACAUUAAAUCACACACAGAGCAGAUGCAUGUACAUUCUGUGUCAAACACCAGGUACAGGUCUACAACGCAUAAACAGCUACAUUUGAGAUUGUGACAUUUCAAGAAUGUGAAUUCCUCUGAUUUUGUACUAAUGUUUAGGAUUCUGUUUAUCUCAUUUCUUUUCAGGUCCCAUCAAUAGUCAAAUCUGAGCUACUGAGAUCUGAAAUCUAACACUAAUUAAAUGAGUGUGUGAUAUUGUUUCAGGUAAAUAAGAAAUAAUGCCCUAUUGACUGGAAAAUGAAUUAUAUCAUAAUUAAAGUGCUGUUUUUUUCUUUAACAUUUUAUUUUGUUUUUAUACAGUGCUGUUUAAAAAUUUGGGGUCAGUAGGACUUUAAAAAAAUAUAAUAAUAAUUUAAGGUGACAUUUUUUAUUAACUGUGUUAAGCCUACUCGGAUGGCUCUCAAAGUAUUAUAUUCCUUUGGUGGGAGUGGAAAGUUAUGGAGAUUCAUAAAUUGUUUGUAUGUUAAAAUAUUACCAAAAUCAUCAAACACAGAUAGAAUACAGUUCAAGUUGUUAUUAAACCAUCUAGGGGAAAAAAUAUACUCAUUUCUAACAGUUAUAUUAGUAUUAUUUCAAAAGUGAACUUUGUGGGGGGCGGGGGGCAGGCCACCAAGUUAGUCAAAUAUCUUAUUUGGAAUAAAAAGCCACAGUGAGAUUGGAUUUGUAAGGCAUCUUUUCAGCCAUUUUACUUUAAAGGUGUUUACAAUAUAUGAGAAGUCCAAACAAUCAAGACCACCUUCGCUUCUGGACUCAGCAGCACAUCUCUUUUUUGCUUGUAUGUUCUAUUUUUACAAAUAAAGUCCAAAAAUAUUUUAUUAAUUUUCUAUAUAGCUUUAUCGUUGACAAACAAAGAAAGAGCAGAAUAUACAAAGUGAGAGAGCCCUUCAACUGUAGAUAAAAGAUAUCUCUGAAGCCAGAUGUUAAAGAUCUGUUUCAUUUGUUUUAAUCAUUUUAUCAGAAACAUUUAAAUUAUGUCUACUGACUGAAUUUUUAGUGAUAUGACUUCCUUAAUAUUUUACAAAACUAGAAUACCUCCUAAGAAUGUAUCAUCCAUAUCAUGAAUUGACAUAAUUUUACAUUUCGAAGUAUUAAGUUUUAGACCCGAAGCACAUGAUAAUUGUUCAACCAAUUCCAGAGCUUUUGGUAACUGAUUUUUUUUAUAUCCCUGUCAAAUAUAGAAAUUCCUUUCGAAUUUUCAUCUUGGUUAAUUCUUAGACAGAGUAACUCUGUGGCUAAAAGAAAUAAAAAUGUGGAGACGGGACAGUCCUGUCUGACUCCAUGAUAUAUGUUAAACCUCUUAGAAGUGUCAAAGUCCAUGAUCACUGAGCUGUUAUAAAACAUGGUUACAGUCUCUAUAAAUGCUUUACCAAAUCCAAAUAAUUCUAGAGUACGAAAAAGAAAUGUGUGUUCUUUGGAGUCAAAAGCUUUAUGGAAGUCAAGAAAGUGUAUAAAACCAUCUGAAUGAAUUAGAUCUGAAUAAUCCAGCAUAGUCCAGUACACCUACUACUAAUGUUGUUAGAAAUGUGACGGCCUUUCAUGAAACCAGAUUGAGAUUCUGAAAUAAUAUUGUCUAAACCAUAACUCAAUUUCUAAUGUUAAACUCUAAUGUUAAUUAAAGUAAUAGGAUACCAAUUAUCGAUUAUUAAAGGAUCCUUGACUUACGUAGGUAAGAGAGAUGACUCCCUGUUUAGUAGCAGUCAUAUCACCCUGACUGAUGCAUUCGUUAUACAAUGGAAAAUUGCUAAUUUAAUAAACUCCCAAAAGAGA